GGAUUGUACACUGUAGUCACGUGGCAACAAGAUGGCGGGUCCCGGCAGCAUAAUUCACUGAGGUUCUCAGACAAAGCUUAUUUGGUCCAGCGACUUGCUUGUUUUAUUCGGAAGUAUGCCUUGCAGAAGAGGAAAACGAUUAGUGGCUCUAGCCAUGGAAAAUGUAAGGCACAGAGACGAGGAAUCGCAACAUGUCCUUAUGGACCAGUCAAUCUCUGACGCCCAACAGACUUCUGCUGUCGACCAAAUAGAUUCAGAUAAACACAGCGACGUGGAAUCGGCGAAUAGUACCCCUGACUCUCCAGCGGUCCCCAUGGACCAGCCCAUCAACCUGACUGCAGUUGUUGGCCUUGUUGAUUCAGAAACUCGCAAUGUUGGUGAAUCCAAGAAUGUUAUUUCCACGGCUACAACUGUUGUAGCCGUGGAAAGCCGUGUAGCUGUGUCAGCCACAAAACGCAGACGGAAAGACCAGGAGAGGGUUGCACACUACAGAGAAAAGUACCCCCUGCUUCCACCUUGCAAAGACUCCUGCCGAAAUAAAUGCCAAGAGAAAAUUACAGAAGAACACAGGGCAUUGAUCAACCAAACCAUUUGGGGCCUCAAUUUUGCUGGAAGAAGGGGAUGGUUUGAUGCUUACAUCACCAUUUCUGAUGUUAAACAGCGCACCACUGGCGCAGUUGGUGCACAUGCCAAACGCAAACACUCUCUGACAUACAGACUGCCACUCCCAGCAGCUGGGACAGAUAUCGUUGUUUGCAAAGAAAUGUUCAUGCAUACUGUAGGGCUUAAAACUGAUGGAAUGAUUACUGAGUAUGUGAAAGCCAAAGUUAUGAGCCCGGAUAAAGCGAUCUCCCCAACAACAGAGGGCAGAGGACACCAUGAGCCGCCAAAUAAGAUAGACAGAAGUGUGAUAAGAGAGCAUAUAAAUUCCUACCAUCCUGUUGUCAGCCACUAUAAAGUCACACAUGCUCCUCUCAGGCGGUAUUUGCAGCCGGGCUUAACUAUAAGUUCAAUGUGGCGUGAGUUUUGCGAAACAAAACAAAAGGUUUCCUUUGAACUUUACAGGCAAGUCUUUGAAAGCGAACGGAUAACUUUUGGUGAAUCCUCACAGGAUGAAUGUGAAUCCUGUCUAGCCUAUAAACAGCACUGCGACGAAUCAAGUAGCAUGGAUGAUCAUGAUUCGCAAGCAUGUAAGGUGUGCAUUGAUGGCCGCGCCCGUGAACGUGCUUACAAAACGGCUCUAAUUGAGUAUCAAAAGGAAAUCCCCCCGGAGUUUACUGUUUAUACUGUUAUUCUGGAUUAAUGAAUUUAAUUCUAAAAAUGUCUUCACAAAAAAAGACAUCUUUAACAUCAAUAUCUAUGGAACAUGUCCACAAGAAAUCUAGCUGUCAAUACUGAAUAUUGCAUUGUUCUAUUUUUUUUUUUACGGUUUAUAAACGUGCAUUCAUAUUUCGUUGAAGUAUUAUUCAAUAAAUAUAUUUAUAAAAUAUUUUUUAAUUUUUUUUUUUUAGAAUUAUUUAAUAAAAUCUCACAAACCCCUGGCAUACCUUCAGGUACCCCCAGGGGUACGCGUACCCCCAUUUGAGAACCACUGCCAUAAGCCAUUUCCAAAGGGGUUUCAGAGAAUUUGGCAGUACAUCUAAUCAGCCUCACAACUGCAGACAACAUUUAACCACACAAGCCCAGGACCUCCACAGGCAGCAGGUGCACCUCCAUGAUCAUCUGAGACCAGCCACCUCGAUCCAACGUAACAAACAGGAGUAAAAUUGGUAUCCCUAUUUAAAAUCCUGCACGAGACACUGCACAUUGAUAUAGUUCUGUGAAAAUAAUGGUCUUCUGUGCAAAUUUAAAUAAAGUGAACAUUGUGCGAUUUA